AUGGCUAUUGCUGCAGUCAGGAUGUGUGUUGAUGGAGCAGAGCGUUACGAUGAUAUGGCCCAGUCGAUGAAGAAGGUUACUGAACUUGGUGCGGAACUUUCUAAUGAAGAGCGGAAUUUGCUGUCAGUCGCUUACAAGAAUGUUGUCGGAGCAAGACGUUCUUCGUGGCGAGUGAUUUCCUCUAUUGAACAAAAGACUGAAGGUUCUGAGAAAAAACAGCAAAUGGCAAAGGAAUACCGUGAGAAGGUUGAGAAAGAGCUCCGUGACAUUUGCCAAGACGUUCUUAAUUUGUUGGACAAAUAUCUUAUCCCAAAGGCUGGCAACCCUGAGUCGAAAGUGUUUUAUUUGAAAAUGAAGGGCGAUUACUACCGAUACUUGGCGGAGGUCGCAAGCGGCGAUGACAGAAAUAGUAACGGUAGUGGAGAAGUCGCAGCAGUCGUACCAGGAGGCAUUCGACAUCGCGAAAGACAAAAUGCAACCAACCCAUCCUAUCCGGCUUGGAUUGGCUCUAAACUUCUCUGUGUUCUACUACGAAAUCUUGAACGCACCCGACAAGGCUUGCCAACUUGCGAAACAGCGGUGGCGAAGCAUGGGCAAGUUGCUUAUACGGAGGCAUAUGAAAUAGCCAAGACGCAGCUUGCCACGACUCAUCCAGUUCGUCUGGGACUUGCUCUUAACUAUAGCGUUUUCUUCUACGAAAUUUCAUCCAGUCCUGAUCGUGCUUGCCAACUCGCUCAGCAGCUUACAGAGUUGGAAAGGAUGUUGGGGACUGAUUGGACAUUGGGUAAGAAGCAUAGAGGGGCCUUCGACGAUGCGAUUGCUGAACUGGAUACGUUGAAUGAGGAUUCUUACAAGGACAGCACUCUGAUUAUGCAGCUUUUGCGGGACAAUCUGACCCUGUGGACGUCAGACACCGCUACGGACGAUCAGGAAGGGGGCGAUCAGGCUGGGGAAGCGGGUGGCAAUUAA